AUGCCUCACGCCGACACCUCGCGGCUGCGCCAGGCGAGAGUGAGGGGAGGACGCAGGGGGGGGGGCCCUGCCGUGGCGUCCUGCCACUCCUGUGCGUGGGCCGCGGUGCGGGUGCUGUCUGCCGUGCCGCUGCGUGUGUGCGUGGCUGUCUGGGUACCGGGGCUGUGCAGUGCUGCCUGCCUGGAGGGCCUGACAGGGUUGGGGCACCACACUGAGCUGACCCCUCCCCAGCGGUGGGCACGGCUGGGCAUUCUGUCUGUCCCUCUGCCCAUCGGGGUGGAUGGGGUGGCCAUCGAUGUGCCUUCACCUCUGGCUGUUGUGCGGGGUCACCUGUCCCUGGAGCUUCCCAACAGCUGCAGGGGCUGGUGGGGACCAGGCAGCCCCUACCUGCUCUCGGGUGAGUUUGGGAUGAGCCUGCGGCGGGAGGGCUACACAGUGCAGGUGAACGUCAACGACUACCUGGACAUCUACUGCCCACACUACAACGCCUCAGUGCCAGAGCACCGGCUGGAGCAGUACGUGCUCUACAUGGUGAACGCAGAGGGCUACCGUACCUGCAACACCAGCCAGGGCUUCAAGCGCUGGGAGUGCAACCGGCCCCACGCGCCCCACAGCCCCAUCAAGUUCUCGGAGAAGUUCCAGCGCUACAGCGCCUUCUCGCUGGGCUACGAAUUCCGCGCUGGGCAGGAGUACUACUACAUCUGUACGUGGGGCACCCUGCAGGGAUCACCACUCAGCCCCACGUCGCACUCCGGGGAGAAGCUGGUGCCCACCCUGCCCCAGUUCACCCUGCGGCCCGAGGUGAAGAUCGAGGACCUGGAAAACUUCAACCCAGAGAUGCCCAAGCUGGAGAAGAGCAUCAGUGGCACCAGCCCCAAGCGGGAACACUUGCCCUUGGCUGCGGCUGGGGGGGCCCUCCCCCCUUAA